UCUGAUGUUUUUGUUGUAGACUUAAAGUAAAUUUAGAAUUUUGACGACUAAAAUAUUUUAUUAAUCCGCCGUUAUGCGAAAUUUUGUGGAAAAGUUGUGAAUGAACAUUCUGGAAAACACAUAAUGUUAACUGCUCAAGAAAAAUGUGGACUUACAGACAUUUUAAGUUGCUUAAGUGAGGAAGACGUAUUUUCCAUUCUGGAAACGGUAACCAAACGAAUGAUAAAAGCGAAAAAUCGACAGGAAGCUGUUGAAAAGAUCUUAUUCUGUACAGAAACACCUUCUGAUUUGCUGCGACGGCAAAAGAUCACAAAGAAAACUCUUCUCAACUAUCUGAUUAAAGUAAAAGUUCCAGUGAAUCCUGAAGGCGGGAAAACUUCAUUUGUCAGGAACUGCUUGCAACUUUGGGAGUCAAAUGAAACAUUCAAGGAAAGUGAUUACGAUGACGUAGACAUGCAAGACGAAAUCCCGAAACCUAGUGAUGAAAGCAUCAUCACGCAGAUGGGACUAGAAUUUACGAAAUGGUUCUUCAACAUCCUAAAUUCCCUGAAGCAGUUUGGACCAGAGCAUUUCUGGCCAGACUGUGUCUUUUGGGUACUGUUGAAAUCCCCGGCAUAUGUCAAAGAGUUCUCCUUGUCUAACUCCAAUGCUGUCGUCGCUUUCCUCUCCAGCCUGGUCCUCAUCGACAAGUUGUACUUUGAUGCCAACAGUGCGCCAAAUGGCGUCCUUUCCCAACAGGAGCAGCACGGAAUGGUGAAGGUGGUGGUCAGUGGCGUUCUGCACCAGUACUCCAACUGCAUUGGGAUCUUCGACAUUGCUUUCGGACUGGUGAAGGUUCCAGAGACUGGGAGCUGGAAAAUCAAGUGCCUGCAGAUGAAGAUGAUUGUCAGUGUUAGCGUUAACGAGACACAGCCUAUUAUGCCGUCUCUGGACAUGUGCCAAACUGUUUGAUGGGUUGAUGUAAUGUUGUGUAAAUAUGUGUAUGGGGCUGUGGAAAGUAAUGUAGAUAAAAUUAAGUGAUUUUUUUGUAAAAUGAAGAAAAAUAAAGAGAAGAUUACUAUA